CACACCACAGACGCACACGCAAUGUACAGUAGACCAUCGGGCGUGCAUAGUCGAUGCGGCAAAACAGCUGUAUGUUAUGGGUCUCCACCGCCAUUGUUGUGAUUGAUCUGUCAGCUGGUCAAUAGUGAUACUCUUGCUUCUUCAUCCCCUUCCUGCCUUUCGAUUUGGCCGUCUGCUUACCUCUCAUUUCGAUCGACACCAUCCUUCUUCCACCUCCCAACCGUGCAUACCUCAUCGAACGUCGUCCCGGUUCAAUCGCCUUAACCAACGAAGAUCAGUGACUCUACCGCGCAAAUAUGGCUUCUGCUGCCACCGCCACUGCCGCCAAAUCGACCGGCCACGAGCGUCGCCCAAGCACAUCGGCACCCAUUGCCGACCUCAAAGGCCCUGUCGGUCCCUCCGGCAUCACACGACCCAAGCACAAGCGCACAGCGACGGGCUUCGGUGCGCAGGAGAUCAAAAGUGUCGAGGCCAGCAUUCCUGAGCCCCAAAGAGCUGCGUGGAAGAAGUUCUCCAAGAAAGAGUUCUCCACAAAGGACGAGUUCCAAGCCGAGACAGUCCAGCACAUUGAGACGACGCUGGCCAGAUCGCUAUUCAACUGCGAUGAAGCUGCCGCAUACUCGGGUACGGCCUUGGCCUUCCGUGACCGCUUGGUCAUCGCGUGGAACAAGACCCAGCAAAACCAGACAUUCGCAGACCCGAAACAAAAGGUACAUGAGUCGGAUGUGAAGCUGAACAAGGUCGCAGAUCUUUCACUGGAGUUCUUGAUGGGACGUGCCUUGGAUAACGCCAUGUUGAACACUGGCAUGAAGGACAUUGCCGCUGAUGGUGUCAGUGAUCUCGGCUUCCGCAUGGAGGACAUCAUCUCUCAAGAACGUGACGCGGCCCUUGGAAACGGUGGCCUGGGUCGUCUUGCUGCGUGCUUCCUUGACUCAUUGGCGAGCUUGAACUAUCCCGCUUGGGGUUACGCAUUGCGAUACCGUUAUGGUAUCUUCAAGCAGGAGAUCAUUGACGGCUAUCAGGUUGAGAUUCCAGACUACUGGCUUGACUUCAACCCUUGGGAGUUCCCGCGUCACGACGUGACGGUCGACAUUCAGUUCUACGGCAAUGUCCGAAAGGAGACGGAUGAGAGCGGAAAGCAGGUCAGCGUCUGGGAGAACGGAGAAAUUGUCACUGCCGUGGCCUACGAUGCCCCCAUUCCUGGUUACGGAACCAAGACAACCAACAAUCUGCGUCUGUGGUCUAGCAAGGCUGCGCAAGGAGAGUUCGAUUUCACCAAAUUCAACUCAGGCGAAUACGAGGCGUCCGUGGCAGAUCAACAACGAGCCGAGACCAUUUCAGCCGUGCUCUACCCCAACGACAGCUUGGAGAGAGGUAAAGAGCUUCGUCUGAAGCAGCAGUACUUCUGGUGCGCGGCUUCACUGUUCGACAUCGUACGUCGCUUCAAGAAGUCAAAGAAGGCGUGGACAGAGUUUCCCAACCAAGUUGCAAUUCAACUCAACGACACCCACCCCACCCUGGCGAUUCCUGAGCUCCAGCGUAUCCUCAUUGAUCAGGAAGGUCUUGAAUGGGACGAGGCCUGGAGCAUUGUCCAGCAGACUUUCGGAUACACUAACCAUACCGUCCUGCCCGAGGCGUUGGAGAAGUGGUCUGUUCCGCUCAUUCAGCAUCUGCUCCCCCGCCAUCUUCAGAUCAUCUACGAUAUCAACUUGCACUUCCUGCAGUUUGUGGAGCGCAACUUCCCGAAGGACCGUGACAUGCUCGGUCGUGUGUCGAUCAUCGAGGAAUCGCAGCCCAAGAUGGUGCGCAUGGCUUACCUGGCAGUCAUUGGCAGCCACAAGGUCAACGGUGUCGCUGAGCUUCACUCCGAUUUGAUCAAGACAACGAUCUUCAAGGACUUUGUUCGGAUCUACGGCCCCGACAAAUUCACCAACGUCACGAACGGUAUCACCCCUCGUCGCUGGUUGCACCAAGCCAACCCACGUCUGUCGCAGUUGAUUGCGAGCAAGCUGGGCGGCUACGAGUUCCUCAAGGAUUUAACCCUGCUCCACAAGCUCGAGGCAUAUGUUGACGACAAGGAGUUCCGCAAGGAAUUCCAGGCCAUCAAGCAUGCGAACAAGGUCCGACUCGCCGAAUACAUCAAGACGGCCAACAAGGUCACCGUGAAUCCUUCCAGCUUGUUCGACAUCCAAGUCAAGCGUAUUCACGAGUACAAACGCCAGCAGCUGAACAUCUUUGGUGUGAUCCACCGGUACCUCGAGUUGAAGGACAUGUCCGCCGAGGAGCGCAAGAAGGUGCAACCCCGAGUCAGCAUUUUCGGAGGCAAGGCGGCUCCAGGUUACUGGAUGGCCAAGACCAUCAUUCAUCUCGUGAACCAAGUCGCCCAGGUCAUCAACAACGACGCUGAGAUUGGUGAUCUCCUGAAGGUCGUCUUCCUCGAGGACUACAACGUGAGCAAGGCUGAGAUUAUCAUCCCCGCCAGUGACAUUUCCGAGCACAUCUCGACUGCUGGAACCGAAGCAUCUGGUACUUCGAAUAUGAAGUUUGUUCUGAACGGAGGUUUGGUCAUUGGUACUUGUGACGGUGCGAACAUUGAGAUCACCCGCGAAGUCGGUGAAGACAACAUCUUCCUCUUCGGCAACCUUUCCGAAGACGUCGAGGAUCUCCGCCACGCCCAUUUCUACAGCGCUGAUGGCUUCCGCCUCGACCCAGCACUGCAGCGGGUAUUCGACACGAUCAAGUCCGGCACUUUCGGCGACGCCAACUCCUUCUCCGCGCUGAUCAACUCGAUCCUCGAACACGGCGAUUACUACCUCGUGUCCGACGACUUCAAGAGCUACGUGGACACGCAGAAGCUGAUCGACGAGGCCUACGGCAACCAGGAGGAGUGGUUGACCAAGACCAUCACCUCGGUCAGCCGGAUGGGCUUCUUCAGCUCCGACCGAUGUAUCGAGGAGUACGCCGAGGCGAUCUGGAACGUCGAGCCAGUUCUGCCCAAGGAGGACACUGCAUAGAUGUGGGGUUCUGGAUCGGUGUCUGGAUCCUGAUGCAGAGGGAUGAUCUUUUCAGGCAUGCAUGAUAUUGUGAGCUUCCUUAUCGACGAGAGUAAUGAUGAAUACGAUUAUGUUUUAUAGUGGUAUGUUAUGUCAUGACGGCGUCACAUCGGCUUCCCCCCUUUGCAUCUCUCCAUGCCUGGGAAUCCUAUCCUUGAGAUCAGAUCGAAGUGAUCAAGUCUUUCUGCAUGAUGAUUCUACGUACCUGCGCGGUGCGGCGUCCGCAAACUUCGCGUAUCCCAUCUACAUCGAGAUUCGAUAAGGAG